AUGGCCGAGAUCGUGUCCGUGGGCGUGCGCCGCGCCGCGCGCGACGACUCGUGCCUCUUCUCCGCCGUGCGCGCCGCCGUCGGCGACGACGACGAGGCGCCGCGCCGGCGGCGCUGCUGCGCGCGCGCCGAGACGCCGGCGGACGCGCUCCGCCGCCGCUGCGCGGACUACGUGGGCGCGCGCCCGAAGCGCUUCGACGAGGCCGCGCUGGGCAUGCCCAACGCCGCAUACCGGCGGUGGAUCGCGCGCCGGAAGAACUGGGGCGGCGAGGUCGAGCUCGUCGCGCUCUCGGAGCUGCUCCGCGUCGACAUCGCC